AAAUAGAAUUGCUAUGACACAUGCAUAUGUACAUACAUAUAUUAUUUCUUUGGCACAUUUAUCUGUAUGUUUACGAAAGCAAAUGCGAGCCAUAUACAUACAUAUGUACAUCUAUAUACCCUGCGAAAAUUCCAUAACCGAUUCUCAAACACAUUCAAGCAUUUUUACCAAUACAUAAAAAAGCAUGUUGAAAAUUUGUAGUAAUGAUUGGCAAAAAGAAACAACAUCAAACUUUCACAUUAUGCUUUAUUCAUUCGCGCAUAUUGUGUGCAUAGGAAUGGAGCAAUGUUCCAUUUUACCGAAAAAGACCAAAACGAAGAAAAUGGUGUUGCCCAAUCGACAAAAUCAAUUAAUUUGCAAAGCUUUUUUAGAAGAAGAGAAAGCAAUUCCACCUGUUGUGGCAUCUAUUUUCAUGUCAGUGGCAGCACGACAUAUGUAUCACAAUUAAUUGCAUAUUUACAAGUCAACGCGAAAGCCGCAAAAAGACGCGCGAGUGAAUUAACGAGAACAAAACAAUUACAUCAGAUAACAUAUCUUUUCACUUUAAAGGGCACUUCUGGGGAUAUUGGCGAAGUUAUGAAGCGAGUUUUUGGCGACGAAGUCCUCAGUUUGUUCAAUUGGAAUGGGAGGUGCGGGAAGAAAUCGCUUUCAGAAUUUAAAAUAGUUAGCGUGGCUCUAUUUGAAAUUUUCAAACUGCAUGGACGCAUCGACUUCGAAAAGGAAGUCCGAAAGAGCGUUGAGCAAAGCCACAACAGGCAAAAGCAAAAACGCUAUUUGCUGAACAAAAAAAACUUAUAACAAAAUUGUAAAUUUUUCUUAAAAUACUAAUAUAAAAGAAAACAUACAAAAAAAAUGGAUUUUU